CACCAUCAUUGGCCCCUCUCAAAGCGGCAUCAAGCACUCGAGACACAUGGGAAUGGGAAGCGGGGAUGAUGGCUUCGUAUUUGGGAGUCCGAGAUGCGGAGCACCUUCUCGACUUCAACCGGCCGGUGUUCGGCAUUAGCUGUGGCGAGUCGGAAGCUUGGUUGGGAUGACUCGGUCAUCGCCGGCUUUGGAAUUUCGUACGGGUUGUUCAAGGUCCAAGUUGCUCAAGGCAUAGCUCAGCAUUAUCCAUUAGAAUCAUACCUACCUUUUGCCAUUGACUGUCGUCUGUUGACAUUGAGGGGACUCCAAGUACCACUUCUUGAGCCAGCCAUCACCGAGGGACGGCCUGCAGCUCAAAACGUCACCCACACAACCACACAGAUCGAUCACUGUCCACCAUGGCCACUGACAAACCCCCCGUCGCCUUCAUCGGCCUCGGCGCCAUGGGCUUCGGCAUGGCCACGCACCUCCUCAAGCAAGGCUACGCCGUAACAGGCUUCGACGUCUGGCCGCCAACCCUCGAGCGCUUCCAGUCCACCGGCGGGCUCACAGCAGCCACGCCCUCCGCCGCCGUCUCGGACAAGCAUUUCUGCGUUUGCAUGGUGGCCACCGCCCAACAAGCCCAGUCGGUGCUCCUCGAGGGGCCCGACGCCGCCGUGCCGUCCCUCCCGCGCGGCGCCGCCCUGCUCCUCUGCUCCACGGUGCCUUGCGACUACGUCCAGUCGCUCGAGAGGCAGCUGCGCGACAUCGGGCGUGGGGAUAUCCUGCUGGUCGACUGCCCCGUGUCGGGCGGGGCGGCGCGGGCGGCAGAAGGCACGCUGUCCAUCAUGGCGGGCAUGUCGGAGGAAGCGCUGACGAAGGCGCAGCCGUUAUUGGCCGAGAUGGCGGAUCCGGCGAAGUUGUACAUUGUCCAGGGCGGAGUCGGCGCGGGGAGUAACAUGAAGAUGGUGCACCAGGUGCUCGCGGCAUGUCAAAUCCUUGCGGCAAGCGAAGUCAUGGGCUUCGCGAAGAGGUUGGGGUUGGAUUUGGCAACGGCGCAGAGGGCGGUGUUGGCAUCGGAGGCGUGGAACUGGAUGUUUGAGCACCGCACUCCGAGGAUGCUGACCGGGUUCAAGCCCCUGGCGAGCGCGGUCAAUAUUAUCGUCAAGGAUACGGGAAUUAUCACGGCCGAGGCGAGGAGGAGCGGAUUCAAAGUGCCGAUGACAGGGAUUGCGGAGGAGGGAUACCGCCAGGCGGUUGCCAAGGGGUACGGCCCGGAUGAUGAUAGUAGCCUGCUAAGGCUGUAUACCGAAACGGGGCAGGUUGAGACGUCACUGGAGACGGAGGACGCGAAGCUGGCGCUGGUGAUUGACCUCCUCAAGGCCAUCAAUCUCUGCGCAGCUGCGGAGUCGCUGGCGUUUGCUGACGCGGUGGGCCUGGACCUCGACCAGGUACUUGACCUGUGCGCUAACGCGGCGGGAGCAAGCACGAUGCUGAAACAGCACGGCCCAUCGUUUAUUAAGGCCCUUCGGGCGGGAGUUGCUUCCAAAUCGUGGGAGGGCACAGAGGGCUCACCAAGUCUUGGGGAUGUUGCCGAGAAGCUGCAACGGGCCGUGGAGGAAGCUGAGCGAAUCAAGGUGCCCCUGUUCCUAGGCAAGCGGGCGUUAGAGGUGUUGCGUGAGGCCUUGCAGUUUGGGACGACUUCACUCUCUGUAGACGCUGUGGUGAAUGUGUGGGCACAUCCGGUAUCCGAGUAGGCGGGAGAUUCUGAGAGGACACUAGGUCAUCUCAUCGAUAACCAUUCUGUCUACCGUCCGAACACUCAACCCUUAUCCACUCGCUCCAGAACAAUAUAAUAAGAUACAAUAUGCGAAAGUUUGGUUGUGUUCGCUGAAGCUGCGAUGGCCAUGGCGAGAGCGGAAUACGCUGUGAGCGUUGAGACGAAAACUUU